AUGGAGUUCCUUGAUGAAUAUGAUAGCAGACCCAGAUUCCAAUUCCAAUCAAAACCAUUAACCGAAUCCUCUAAUGCCUCCGAUUCUGGCACAAAUCAUCCUUCUAUUCAUAGGACUACCAUUUUCAUUUCCCUCUUUCUUUCCAUUUCCAUUUUCAGUCUUGCAUUACUUUACUUCAAUUUUGAACCCGUCAAAUCCAUCCUUCUGUGGAUUUCUGUUUCCCUUCUUCUGGGCCCCUUUGCCCCUUCGUCCCUCACUGCCGGCGAUAUCCGCGUUGGCCUUGGUCCUGCUCUUAAAGAUUUGCCUGAAAUUCCCGUCGAAACUGUCGAGAAAAUCAAUCGGAAAUCGACGAAAUUACAAAAGAGAUCGCCAGAAGAUGCUGUAAAAUUUGAUGGGUCUUUGGGGAAAUCCAUAAAUAUUGCUGAUUCUCCUGUGAAUUCGGAGAAAAAUGAGGGGAAUGAUAGUGGGUCUUCUGUGAAUUUUGUGAAAAAUGAGGAAGGGGAGUGGAGCGUGGCGGAUGAGGAGUUGCUGAAGAAGUUAAUGGUGAAGCAUCCGGUGGGGAAGCCGGGGCGAUGGGAGGCGAUAGCUGAGGGGUACAAGGGGAAACAUAAAGUGGAUAGUGUGAUAAAGAAGUCUAAAGAAAUGGGUGAGAGGAAAGUGAGCGAUGAGGAUUCUUAUAAGAAGUUUUUAAGAAAUCGGAAGCCAAUGGAUAAGCGAGUUUCUAAUGAGCAAAGUGUUGGAAUUGAAGCAACAAACAAUAAUGAGGGAGGGGGAGGAGAAAGUGAAUGGACUGACGGAGAUGAUUUAGCGUUGCUCAAUGCUUUGAAAGCUUUUCCAAAGGAUGUGGCAAUGAGAUGGGAGAAGAUUGCAGCCGCUGUGCCGGGAAAGACCAAAGCUUCAUGUAUGAAGAGGGUGUCGGACUUGAAGAGGGAUUUCCGAAGCUCUAAGGCUUCCUCUGGAGAGGCCUCUUAG